AUGGCAGAGGAGCAGCCUGACUUCAAGGUGGGCGCCAAGGGCAAGUCGGCCGUCAAAGACACCUUUUUGGACACGAAGUUCCGGGGCGGAAAAGUGGACAACUACUUCAAGGUGUCCCAGCGUGGCUCGAACCUCACGACGGAGAUCCGUGCUGGCGUAACAACCUUCCUCACCGCGGCCUACAUCAUGGCCGUCAACCCGAACAUCAUCAGCACCACGGGCCUGAAUUUCGAGGGCCUCGUCUUCGCUACGGCCAUGUCGAGCUGCAUUGCGACGCUGAUCAUGGCGCUUUGGGCGAACUUGCCCUUUGGUCUGUGGCCCGGCAUGGGCAUGAACGCCUACUUCGCCUACACCAUCGUGGGCUUCAAGGGAACGCAGACUGCCGUGAAAAAAGUGAUGAUGGCCGUAACGAUUGAGGGCGUGAUCUUCAUCAUCAUGUCUGCCCUUGACCUCAGGCGCUACGUCUUCAAGGUCUUCCCCACAUGGAUGAUGAAGGCCACCAUGGCGGGCAUCGGCUUGUUCUUGGCCCACAUCGGACUGCAAGCGGGCAACGGCAUCGACAUCGUCAGGGACCACCCGGCAGUGCUGGUGGACCUCGUGACCCUGACUGGCGAGCACUUUGCGCGCACCUGGAUUGGAAUCGCGUUCUUCUGCGUCAUGGCCCUGUUGAUUCUUCUGCGCGUGAAGGGUGCCGUGAUGAUUGCCAUCAUCCUCAGCGCAGUCCUCUGCUGGAUCUUGGAUGCAGCAGCGGUGGAGCAGUUCUCGUACAAGCCCAUGUGCUGCCUUGGCAGCGUUUCCUAUCCGGAGCCGGCUGCAGGAGGUGUGGAGUGGUAUCCCAAGCCCGGAGGCGGCUACUACCCAAAACCUACGUGCAACAACCCCUUCACUGUGCCCGGAGAAGGGAAGUUGACGGUGACGGACAAUGUCCGCACUUACACCUUUGAGUCCACUGCCUCUGUGUCCCACACCGGCGGGGUCUUUACCAUCACGAACGGCGGCACUAGCCAGACCCACAGCGGCAGCCUCUACUGGCAGGGCAUUGCAGCAGGCCGCGACUCUACCUUCAAGGGUGGCUGCCAAGACUCAUGCAUGCACAUGCUGGGCGGCUUCGACCCAAUGUGCUUCGGGGCCGUGCUCGUGGAGACGGGUUGCUGGACUGGCAUGUCCUACCAGGACCGCGCCACCGAAAGCCUGCUGGUCGAUGGAUUUGGAGAAGGUUGCCUGGGCGGGGCUGGUCGCAUCCCGAAGACGUUCAGUGCCCCAAGUGCCAUUGCCUCCGUUCCGCUCGUGGACAUCGCGGGGGAGUUGGUGCCUCCCUUCGCUGGAUGGGCCGGCUGCGACGCAAAUGGCACCAAUUGCGUGAACGGCGACGUCUCCGGCGGCACGAUUCUGGCGUGGGACACGUCCGGGUUUGGCGACUGGGCCGGCUUCUGGAACCCGUUGCUCACCCUCCUCUACAUCGACUUCAUCGGGACCAUGGGCUUCCUGUACGCCGCAGCAGACCUCAGCGGGCUGGUCGACCCGUCGAAGCCGGAGACCUUUCCCGGCUGCUUCGCCGCCUUCAUGGCGGAUGCCGUGGGAACCUUUGUGGGUGGCUUCCUGGGCACCAGCUCUGUCACGACGUACGGCGAAUCCAUGGCCGGCGUGUACGAGGGUGGCCGCACCGGCCUCACUGCGCUUACCAUUGCCUUCCUGAACUUCAUUUGCAUCUUCCUGACGCCCUUGCUCUCCUCAAUCCCCACGCUCUCCACUGGACCUGCAUUGGUUAUGGUGGGCGUCUUCAUGAUCGAGGGCGUGAAGGACAUUGAAUGGGGCGACUACAUGCAGGCCGUCCCGUCCACGGUCUGCAUCCUGCUGCAGAUCACCACGUACAAGAUCGAGGUCGGUGUUCUGGGGGCCUUGAUGGUGUGGACCUUCCUCAUGAUCUUCUCUGGGCGCAUCUUGCUGUACAUCCCCGGAGUUUGGGCUAAGCUGCACCCCAGAGUGCAGCGCUUCGUGUCAUCGCAGGUGGGAGACAAGGAGUUCAUGGAUCGACUGAGACAGGUCGGCGCGAUCCCCGCGGAAGCCGACGAGCCGACGAAGGAAGAGGCUGCCACCAAGGGUUCGCCCCGGCAUGGGGUUCUGGGGCCCCUUACAGAGAAGAAAACGGCACCCAGGCAGGUUUUUCUGGGAUGGAUUGCAGACACUGUUCCAUGGGACAUGCUGUUGAAACUUAUGGUUCUGGAGGAACACCUCAGCACUGACACCUCGGCUUCGAUCAGCAAGAACAGGAUUCUGCUGGCGGCCGAGAGUGACUUGAUGAAGUGGUCCAGUGCUCGGGAGUCGGGUGGGGUGCAUUCGAACCUGGUUGAUGUUGACAGAGUCACAGGCACGCACCAGGGCGUCUUGAAGAGGCCUCGCAGCUGCGCGGGCGACGCGGGGGUGGAGGCGCACAUGCUCCUCUCGACGGCUACAGACCUGGGUGGUUUCCGAGAGUUUCUCCACUGCCAGCACUCCGACAUCUUCCAGGAGUUCUUCCAGUUGGUGGCUCGGAAACCUUGGGAGGAGGUGGAAGUGUUUCAACUUGCGUACAAUCUCCACAACAAGCUGGACUUGUCCCUACCUGGGGCCCAGGAUCUCCAAGCAGAGCUUCCGUGGCACACCACGAUUCAGAUCUCGGCUGGCGUGGAUGACUGGAUGACCCGACAGGUGAUGUUGCUGGCACAUCUCUUCGGCGUGGAGACAUCGUCGAGGAGCAGCUUUUCAGACUUUCUCGAGCAGCAGGGCCGUGCAGGUGCCUGGCAGCCCCUUGACUGCCCUUACGGCUUCAUUGCGUUGGAGUAUGCCAUCCUCACUGGUUUUCAGUUGAUGGGCAACGAUGACCUCCGCAAUGAGAUCACCAGCGCCAUGACCGCCUCCAUCGAGGUCCUCCUGCAUGCACCCUACUAUACCUACGACUUCUUCGAAAGCUCCUUGUGGAACAUCUCCCUGUAUGACAUGGCGGUCAACUUGGACCAGCCGCACCACUACACCUCCUUCGAAGAUUACGUGAUGCGGCGCCCGCUCCCGCCGCCUCGGCUGUGGCCCUGGCAUGCGGAUGGCCAGGCAGCGCGCCCCUCCGGCCAGGGCCUCGCUGCGGCGGCCGUGCGGUUGCAGAGCCGCCUGCGGAUCGCCAUGCUCCAGCUCCAUGACGGGACGGCCUUGGAGCUCUGGGCCAGUGCUCAGGCGGCACUCCGAACCCUCGCGGGGCUCCAAAGUCCGAGCUGGGCCGCCGAGGCAGCCCUCGACUUGGAGUUGUACUUCACCCAGGUGAAGGCCAUCAAGGGAACCGAGGUGGGAAGCUGGCUCGCGGAACGGGUGCGGGCGGACUUCGCCAGCCUGAAGCGCAUGGUCGUGGAGUUGAAGGAGGGGUCCACGAGCGUGGGGGCGGUCGGUGAGGCCUGGCUCCCGCGCAUCGCUCCGGGCCUCUGGGAAGCGGAUCUGGUGCUCUGCAGUGAGCCGCUGUGGCUUUGCCCUUUCGUGCGGCCCAGGCAUGGGAGAGCCAUGGUCGGGAUCCUCCACAUGGCGCUCCUCAACGAGUUCCCCCGAGCUGACGAGGAAAAUCUGCGUGUUAUCUGGCAGGGCUUCAAGGAGAUGAUGGAGGCCAAGAGGAUGUACCUCUCCAUCAGCUGCCGCAUCACGGCAGAGCAGGUGGCCUACCAAACCGGAUGGCGCCUGCCCUACGUGCCCUUCGUGGGGCUGGGGAUUCGAGCGAGGUACCAUCCGGCGGAAGCCCGCCAGGCCUUGCUCUUCCGGAACAACCGGCAGAAUAUGCUAGCUUUCCGGACGGCCCUGCGGAUGUUCCUGGACGAGGUGGCUUCGGAGAGCCCUGUGGAGGUCGUGGACAUGAACAACGCCCCGCGCGUGUACACGUUCGAGGAGAUCGCGGCUUUCCACGCCGUCAUCUUCCUGCCCCACGGGCCCAGCGCCCUGCGCCUCACGGACGUCUACGCGGCGGGCAUCCCGUCGCUGGUCCCCGAGGAGCCCUUGAUCCACAAGUUCGUGUGGAGCAGCCGCACAUUCGGAGGGUAUGACGCCGAAGCGCACUGCCUCAGCGUGGCGCCGACAGAGUUGCGUCGUGGAGGUCCGGAGGAGCCGUUUGCCUACCACCCCACGAACUACUUGCAGUCAUGGUCGAUUCACCGCUUCAUCGACGACCGCCGCUACUGGUAUCGCUACACG